ACUUUACACUCUUUGUUGUGAGGAUGUUUUACAAUGUUGUUUGAAAAUGUUUCAUCUUCAUUAAUUAAGAUAAUAAAUAAAUAAAUAUAAUAAAAUAAAUUUAAAUUGUGAAUUCCUGUUUGUGUAGAGUAGCGGAGGGAUGACGUCAUUUUGUAAAGCCAAAACCCGGAAACGAGUUAGCAUUUUAGUACUUCCGGUUCCAUGGUCGCGAAGUCAAUGGUUUUUUAAAAUGGGAUUUUUGUUAAAAGCCUGAAAUAAGGUCUGUGGUGAACACAAGCUCAACAUAUUUUCACGUUUUAUUCUACCACAUAAAAUACACCAGUAAUACCCUACUCGUGAUUUUUUUAAGCUUUUACGUGUAUUUGGAAAAGGCGGUUGCUAAAUGGGACUACAGACGUUGUCGGGGACAUUAAAUGUCAUCACGCCGAACAGGAAAAACUUUGCAGAUAAACUGGUUCAGGCAGCAGCGAUGCCCAGAAAAAAGACCAGAACAAAGAAGCAUAAGAAAGAACGAAAGAAACGCAGAUCGUCAUCGUCCUCCAGCGAGGAUCAGGGGACAGUGGACAGAGAGAGACGCAGAAGCAGUCGCAGGGACAAAAACAAGCAUGUGAGCAGACUUGUUGUUACGACGCUUCUACUGAGUGCACAGAAACCAGUGAUAAUGAUUAUGAGGUCAGAAACAGCAGCAGGACCCCCUCAUUGUGCUCGACCCCAGUGUUCUCCUCAGCCACCUGGACUUUGUGAAGAGGAUUAGAUCCCAUGGACUUAGAGCUGUGGGGUUCCCGACGCUGCUGGUUCCCUGGGUGGUUCUACAAGAGCUGGACUCGUUAAAAAGCAGGAAACUGUCAAAGGCCAGCUGUGGACUACAUCUACACCUCCCUGAAGAACCAGGAGCCGCGUCUCUGGAGCCAGUCCAUGCAGCAAGUGUCUCACGCUGACUGUGAGCUGCUGAUUUUGUGUGUUUUGUGUGUUUUUUCAUUUGUUCUUUGUAUGAAUGCAUGCAGCAGCUCACCAGGUGAUGGCGCUGUUUGUUAACAUUGUUUCAGGCAGGCUGAACGUGGAGGAUAAUGACGAUCUGGUGCUGCAGUGCUGUCUCCAGUACAAGACGUUGUAUCCAGGGGGCACUAUCAUGCUGUGCACGUAAGCCGUACGUUCAAGACUCAGAAUUGUUCAGGCAUCUUUAGGAGGACAUCUUUGGGGGUCACAUCUGGAAUUGAUUGCUAAUCAAGCGUUGAACAAAAGACCUUGUUUUUAUCUUCUGAUUUGCUCACAGUGGCCUACUGGACACUUUUGGAUAUUUGAAUAGUGCUUUUAACAAUAAACAAUGUCACAAUACACAAUAAUCUGUUACGAGCAUUUACAUUUUUAAUGAGCGAGAGAGAGGGAGAGUUAUUAACUGUUUAAUGUUUAAUUGUUAAUGGAAUAAGUAAAAAUAAAUAAAUAAAUAAAACGGAUUUGAUUGAGGUAUUAACACAACAUAUCUGGUGUAACUUUAGUAAUAAUAAGGGACGUCACAAAUGUUUUAUUUAGCUCUGUUUAUGUUUAAAUAGCAGCCCUGAUAUCAGAUAGUGCUGUUAUAAUUCAUUAUAUUCUAAAAAGUCAAACAGUCCUGAAGCAUAUUAUGAAGAAGAGUCCUGGGAUAGUCUGAUCUAAGUAUGAGUCCAGCAGCAGUUCUUAGGUACAAAUGUACAAAGGUGAGAUUAUCCACUGAGAUUACCCUGAGGUUUAACUCUUAACUGUUUUUGGUUCUUUUUUGUUUUGAGUUUUUCUUUCAUCAUUUCCAUUAUUUUAUAGCAACAAUAAGAACCUGUGCAGUAAAGCUCUGCUGAGCGGAGUCAAGGCCCUGAUUAAUGGGCGUUCCCUAAAGUGGUUCUCAUCCUAUUUAUAUAGGAGAACCUUUGCUGUGGAAUUAGUGAGCUCUAUUUCCUGCUCUCAGCCUAUCUCAUCUGGGGUUCCUCGAGGUUCUUGUCUUGGCCCUGUGCUGUUUUCUCUAUAUAUGCUCCCUUUGGGAUUAAACUCUCAAACACAGUGUAGCAUAUCAUUGUUAUGUAGACCAUACCCAGUUGUAUCUGCCUCUGAAAUGUAAUGAUAACUCCAAACUGUCACGUAUCAGGAAACUCUGGACUCCAGUUCCCAUCAGCCACUGCACUGCACUACAUGUCACAUGACCACCUGCACCUGAUUCACGUUUCUGUUAAUGAGCACUCUUGUGUGUAUAUAGCCACUGUCUACACUGUUUCUCUGUCUUUUGUUGUCUUAGACUUCCGUGUUCCAUGUCACUGCAUUUUGUUUCAUGCCAUAGUGGUUUGUCUAGUUGUCUUAGUUUUGUUGUGUAUUUGUUUAAUAAACAUUCUUAUCUGCGAUUGCUUCCGAACCCAUCCUUGAUUCGUGACGCAAACUUGCAUCUCUGCUUGAUUAUUUGGAUGAAAUAAAGGUGUGGAUGGCAUCCAGUUUUUUGCAGCUUAAUGAGUCAAAAUCUGAAAUGGUGUUUUUUGGUCCAUCAAAGUUAGCCAGACAGCUUUCUCUACAUCUGGGCCCUUUAGCCACCAAUGUUAGGAAUGUUAGGUGAGGGACCCUGGUGUGAUUUUUGAUUCUGAGCUGAAAUGUGAAAAACAAAUAAAGUUUCCAAGGAUCCUUUCUCAUAGAAUGAAUUUCUUCCUUUCUUCCUUUCUUCCUUGGUUCCUCUGAUUUUCUGUACACACCUGUCUUGUCUUUCCCCUGAUUGGUUCUCAUAUGUAAGUUCUGUGUUUUCCCUCCUUAGUAGAAUUUGUUUCUGAGUAGUUAUUAUCUGAUGUAUUCUGCAUGCUAGGUUCUUGUUUUGUACCCUUUCUAAUUUUCUGGUGUUUGUUUGGUUUUUUAAUUUUUUUUUAUUUUUUUAUUUUUUUUUUAAUCUUGUGAACAAACCUAAUGAGCCCAAUGAACCUAAUUAUCUGUAGACCAGCUGUAGUGGCAGCUUUAUAGCACAAGAUGUCGCUAUUUAGACACUUAGCCAUAGCUCACUUCCGUCUACUGGUGUGUGGGACUCGGUCCAUCAGGUUUCCUAGGGGUCAUCUAACAAUCUUCACUUGAGCUCAUAAAGUAUAGAAACAUUAAUGCGAGGAGAAACUUUACACAUUCAAAACACUUAGAUUAAUUUAUAAUGUAUUCAUUUAUUUAGGUCAAAGUUCAUCUAAAGAAAAGGCUACAAGCAAGCAUUAAGAAAAUGAUGCCUAAGAAAGAUAACAAUGCUGAUACUAUGAAGUAAGAUAAAACCACCACAUGAGAUAAAAUAUCUAAAUUUUUUUUUUUUUUUUUUUUUUUAGAAUAAAUAUUAAUGCUGCAUAUAAAAAGUAAAUUGAGUCAUGGAAAGAGUGAUGAAAUCACUCUUCAAAAAUAAAAAAUGAGACAGUGGUUGUUGUGGUUUCCUGAUAAUCACACUAUAUAACAGAGAGACCCUCAGGCAGUGUGAGUGUGUGUGUCACUUUGAGGGACUGGUGUGUGUGCAGAAGAAUCAGUAAUAAUGAAGUGCUUGUAUCUUUUGUCUGCUGUGUUUCACGUCGCUGCAGGUGAGUGAAGUUAUUUUCUAUUUUCUAUUACAGAAAGGAGAGAGAAUAUUAGCCAGUUCUUAGUUCAGCUGCUUUGUGUUUAGUUCAUGUGGUUUCUGUCCAGACUGGGUUUACAGUAGGCCGUAGUUCAGCCCUGUUCCUGAACAACCAAAUUGUCCAAAGACAGCAGUAAUCUUUAUACA